ACGGUUACACACAGACUACAACGUUGAUAUCUUCCCCAGUCGUCCAUACGAGAGAAAUGCGUUUCAUGAUAUGAAGACACAGUAUUAUGUGUCCGGCGAUCGCGACAGGCGUGGUUGCGCAUGGAGCCAGUGGAGGGGGACAGCGACAUGACGUCAAGCAAGGAGGAGACAUGGUCAGCUAUAAGAGCCUUGGGCCAUUGACCACCAAACAGCCACCCUUUCACCACUCAACCAAUAUCAUCACAUACAAUGUCGUCUGCAGGCAGCUCUUUCGGCACUCAGUCGCCUCCGCUUACUGCGUCUGGCCAAGACGAGCCUAUGGGUGUCAGCGGCAUGUCGGGCAACAAGCCUCAGGCCGUGCCAGAUGAGCAACAGCGGAAAGAGUAUUUCAAGGGCGAUGUGACGAAGCACAACGACGAGCCGGGGUCUCAGCCGAGUGCGCCGGCUGAGAAGAUCAAACAAGAUUAAUUGGACACAAUGGCUUAACUCAUGCUAUGCUUUACCUCGAAGAUCUCAUCGCAUUGCCUAUUGUAUCAUAUAUUUUCUGUGAAGUUACUUUACCGUCUCUAUAUACGCAAUGGACACAUUGUAUCGAGAGAUACGGGCUAGGCUUUAGCUUCUCUUGUGAUAAGGAUUGAAGGUGCUGGUGAACGUGGAUCCCU